UGUGACUGAUCGAUAUCGCUUACAAACUUCCUUGUUUCGUUGAAGUUAAUUGCGUCUUCAAUGGCUACAAGUACACCAGUAUGUGCCAUAUGUGAUCUUCGGCAUGUCACAUCACGGUCCAUACACUGGUGCCCAGAAUGUGAGGAAGCACUGUGUUCUGACUGUAGUGAACAUCACAGUUUGUCAAAGGGAACACGAGGUCACAAAACCAUCCCUGUAUCACAAUAUCAAUCCUUACCGACGUUUGUUACCGAUAUACAACAAUUCUGUUUAUACCAUAAUGAAAAGUACCAACAAUAUUGUAUGACACACGAAUGUCCAAUUUGUUAUAAAUGCAUUAAGGAGCAUGGAAAAUGUAAUGACGUAAUUCCUCUUGAAGACGUAACUAGCGAAGUCAAAAGUUCUGCACUCUUUCAAGAUUUAGAAGUAAGUUUGUUAGAUGUACUUGAAAACAUCAAGCGAAUUCGAGAAGAGAGAGAGAACAAUGUUAAAUCGAUUCAGACUCAGAAGAAGAUGAUUACCAUGGAAAUUGAUAGCAUCAAAACGCGAGUAAACCAACAUCUCGACAAACUGAAAGAUUCCGUUAUUAAAGAAUUGGAAGAAGUAUACGAUGACUAUUACGGUCACAUUCAAUCAAUUAUUUCUUCUCUUAAAAUUCAAGAACAUGAGAUUAAACAUUGCAGCAUGGAAUUCGAGAGCAUAAUCAAAUACGCUUCCGAUCUCCAAACUUUCCUUAGUAUGAGGGAAAUUCAGUCAAAGAUCACUGAUCAUGAAAGUCGUCUAAAGUCAAUGAUUGCAAAUAAAAGUCUGGAAAAUGCUGAUAUACAAUUCACAAUAGAUGAAAAGGUAUCGGAUAUACUUACAUCGAUAAAAACAUUUGGUUUAAUCGCAAUUAAGAAAAGUACAUCUGUUUGCACCAAUAUUUCUAGCAAAAAGACAAGACAGGCUCAGAUAUCAGCUCCCAACAGAAUGUAUUCAAUUAACACCAUCGUAGUGGAACUCAACAAGAAAUUGGCAACAAAAUGUAGAUGGCCCCGUGGAUGUUUGAUAACACAAAAAGGUUUGUUCAUUUUCACAGAUACCUCCGGUUCCAAAGAAAAGCUAGAAGCAAUAAACGGCCAAGGUAAAACUGAAUAUACCAUCCAACUGUCGACACCAAGUGGCAAAUACGGCGCCUUUGAUGUAGAAUUAAUCAAUGAUGAUACAGUGGCAGUAACUACUGGCAACCAAUUCGUAUUUGGACAACGCAGUGGUAUCAGUGUUGUUGAUCUAACGAAUAGAAAAGUAAUUAAGUUCAUUGACUUACCUGGCUACUCCUAUGGCAUCACACAUGACGGUACAUCAUUGAUCUGCUGUGUCAAAGGCAAAGAUAUACAUGUCAUAAGAUGUACAGACUACUGUGUUACUACUAUCCCUAACACUGUCUUACCUCAGUACUCAUACGUCACAACGCAUGAAGACAAAAUUUUGUUUACCAAUCCGGAUAAACACAAAGUAUUUUGCUGUUUAUACGAUGGAACACUAGUAUGGGAGUUUCAUGAUAAAUCAGUUAUUAUGAUGCCGAAAGGGAUUACUGUAGACAACAAGGGAAAUAUAUUCGUCGUUGGGUGUGAAUCGCGUAAUGUUCUCAUCAUAUCUUCUGAUGGAAAACAAUAUAAACAAAUAAUCAACAAGGAAAAUUGUCUCAAUGAUCCAUAUGCAAUUUUCUUUGACAAGCUUAGGAAUCAGCUUCUAGUGACAAAUUACCCACUCGAUCCUUUUCUUUAUAAUAUUUCACACAUGUAGAAGUGAUUUUAUUAAACAAAACAUUUAUUACCUUUAA